CUAUUCGUGGCUUCCCUUGUUUCACACCGUCCAUGGCCAAUGUUGCAUUCUCUACUUCGUAAGCCUAAUGGCUACGUUUCUACUCAAUGUAGCCAGUACGUUUGGGGUAUUUGUAAACGAUCUAAUGUGCCUAGUCAAUGGAUACGCGGGAUACUACGCAGCGAUGGCCACUUUUCUAUGGCUGUCCGUGAUCAGUUUUGAUGUCUGGAGAAGAUUUGGCUUGCAUCAGAAUCGAGAAUUCUGCAGAAGCAUGGGAUAUAGAUUUCUUCAUUACAAUCUCAUCGUUUGGAGCAUUGCAGGCAUCUUGACUUUGGGUGUUCUUGUAGUAGAUCUACUUUUUCCCUAUUCCGGCGACUCAGAUUCAAAUUUUGUGCCAGCUGUGGGCGUAACUUCCUGCUGGAUCAUGACCGAUGGCUGGUCGGGUAUGUUUUACUUUUAUGGCCCGAUCUUCCUUCUUAUUUUAAUGAACGGGGUUAUGUUCUAUUUAACAAUCCGCAACAUUCGAGCGGAGAAAAAACUGAGGACAAAAGUCAUUAGAAAGUGCGACGAGAAAGAAACGUCGAGACUCAGUGCUAAUUUCGGCCUAUAUGUGUACCUUUUCGUAAUUAUGGGUGGCUGCUGGAUUCUGGAAAUAAUGGCGUUUAUAUGCGAAACCAAAAAGUUUUUGAUGCCAUUUACCAAAGCGAAUGACCUGAUAAACUGCAGUCAAGGCAUCAUAAUAUUUCUUUUAACAAUUUGCAACAAGGAGGUACUGAAAACCAUAAGGGACCGAAUACAACCUAAACGCACUAGUGGCAUUGAAUUUGAAACUUGCACAAUGACGCAGGACUGUCACCUUAUGCAUCAAUUAAGCUAGUUCCAAAACAUUCUUAUAUAUUUUUAAAACUUGUUUGCUUAUCGGUUCGUAGUGUAGUAGUCGUUCUUUCAAUAAAAUGUAAUAUAGUUUACAUAUAGAAAUGCACAUUAUCAAUAGAAAACCCGAGUAUCCUUGAGUAUCGCAACGAACAUACAUAAGUGGUUAGUUGGCUUAUAUAACGACUAAUCGCCGCUCUUUGUAAGAAAUGUUCAUGUGCAACCUAUUUUUAAACAUUUUCAAUCUUGUGAAGAAAAAUGCGAUAAAGGAACAAGCUAAAGUGGCCUUUUACGAUCGGACAUUUAUUCUGCGUCGAGCAGUCGCACUUAAAAGUCGGUGGAGCGGAAAACAUACCUAUUAACUAUAAGUGAAUCACAAUGGGAACGUUCAGCAUUGAGUAUUUACUCUUAAGUAUCCUUGUGAUGGGUGUUCAGUCCAUAGACAUUCCCAACUGCGAUUUUUUCGAUACGGUUAAGUUAAGGGAAAGUGAAAAGCUUUCUAAUGGAUCGUAUAAGUACGAGGAUGUCGUUAUUCCCGCGAAACUAACAGGAGUGUAUGACUACGAGAUUGACUACGAUGGCGAUAGGGUGUCGGUGCCCAAUCACAUCCGUGGCUGUGUGUGCAAACUGAAGACGUGCAUUCGGUUCUGUUGUCAUCCCAAAACGCUAAUGGCGGGCAACGAGUGCUCCAAAAACGUGUAUAAAAACCUGACCUACGAAUACGUCCUGGACAUCACGCAGCUCAACGGAUCAGUAGUAAGGAAACACGUCUUAGAGGACAUGGUCGUGCAGCAGGAUCUUCCGCUUCCUUGCGAGAGACACUAUUCAUUGGAUGCGGAGGGAUGCCAAUACGAUAAGUGGUCGCUACAUGAAAAUGGAUCGUUAUUCCGCCACUUCGAUCAGCGAUUUCUUUCCAAGCAGGAGUUUUGCUUGCAGCCCAAUCCGACAAGUACCGGGAAGAACUACAGCCUCAUUGUCGCCUUCAACUGCAUUAAGAUACCAUCUAUGAAAAUGGCAUAUGGUAGGUUUGAAUAAGUAGGGAGAUCCAAAUUACCGAUUGCUCUGAUUGCAGUCAAGUCCAGCUCCGUCUUCUUUAUGGUCAUUACAAUCGCGGCGUAUCUUUGGCUGCCGAAAUUCAGAUCGCUGCAUGGCAAGUGCUGCAAUCUGUACUUCAUCUGCUUGGCGGUCACCUUUUUACUGAAUGUCAUCAGCUUGUUUGGAAUUUUUGAGCUGAAGACCCCUAUUUGCUAUCUCACCGGAUAUGCUGGCUACUUCACCGUAAUGGCAACUUUUCUCUGGCUCUCCGCCAUAAGCUUCGAUGUUUGGAGAAGAUUCGCCAUGCGAAAGUUCCACGAUUUUUACCAGAACAACAGGAGCAGUUUCUUUAACUACAAUAUCAUCGUGUGGAGCAUUGCUGGACUCUUAACAUUCAUAAUUUUUUUAGUGGAUCAAUUUGUUGAAACAAAUGUGGAAAAUCCUUAUACUCCUGCAGUGGGAGUAUUUUCUUGCUGGAUAUUUACCAAUGGAUGGUCCGCAACGAUUUAUUUUUACGCACCAUUGGCGAUUUUGAUAAUUCUGAACAGCGCCAGUUUUUUUCUAACAACCCGAUACAUUUAUGUGGAGAACAAACAAAAUCAGAAAGUGCUAAAUAAAAGCGAGCAGCAAAAGCUCUCCAGGAACCAUGCCAACUAUCGAAUAUAUCUUCGACUCUUUAUCAUAAUGGGCGGAAGUUGGUUUCUCGAAAUCAUUGCCUUCGUAUGCGAGAUGGAGAAUAGGUGGAUGCCCUUAAUCGUUCUUAACGAUUAUUUAAACUGCAGUCAGGGGAUUAUAAUAUUUAUAGCCACAUUUUGCAAUCAGGAAAUGUUCAGGUUAAUACGCAAGCGCAUCCAAAAUCCAAAUAUUACUUCCAUAGACUUGACCAGUACGAGUCGUCCUGCGGAAUCUGAGAAAAUGGCCGAAGUGGCACUAAGGAAAUGAGAUAAAUUAAGUAACUGAUUUGCCUUUAUUUGCCAGCACUUCAUUAUUGGACUGGAGACUUCCUGAACAAUAUCUUGAAUUGUAUUUCUUAUAUUUAAUAUCUUGAAACAUAGUUCCUAGGCUUGAUUACAUGUGUAUAUUUUCCACAUGCUUCUUCUGUGAAGCAUGAGACUAAUUAAAUCGGUACGUUAAUUACUUGUACCGCAGUUCAAAA